AUGGAGGAGUUGGAGGCUUGCCCCAGCCCCGUCCAGGAGGCUCUGCCAUGGAUGGCGACAUCUGCAGUUGGGGUCCUCGACAUUGCGAGCGUUGGGCCAUUAGAGCCUGUGUGUCAGGCAUUCAAGGCGCUGAUCGAGGCCGCCGAAGGUGCAGUCGAAUCCCAGGAGAAGCUACAGAGCUUGGUGUCCCGGUGCAGAUUCCUCACAACCGUCUUGAUUCGACACCGUCGAGCGGUUGAUCCCCUCGCUCAGGUGCAGACGCCCAUCGGGGACUUCGUCGUCACGACCAACAAGCUGGCAGCAUUCGCAGAAAGUGGUCCAGGGGUGGCAAGUGCAGGGCGUUUUUUUUGCCAUCGCACCGACCUGAGCACCCUCACCGACUUUGAGGAGGGUCUCCGCAGGAUCGGCGCCGACAUCAACUCGGAAGACGGGCUGGAGUAUCACCAGCAGUCAAUCGGACUGGGUCGCGCGUUGCUCCCACCAAGCUUGCCGGACAUGGCCGCAGUCCCCGCAGGAGCGCUUGCGUUGCCCCACAGCUACGUGGAGCGCGCCGCGGUACAAGAAGUUGCUGACGGCCUCACCAACCCGGAGGAGCCGCGUGCCCCCUACUCUGCUGUCGGGAUGGGUGGAGGGGGGAAGAGCGUGCUUGCCUCUGCUGUCGUGCGCAAGUCGAGCGUGACUCAACACUUCCGUGGGGGGAGAUGGGCGCUGGGGCAUCCACGGGCCUCCCCACGCCUCGUGGUGCUGGAUGACGUGUGGGAGCCCGAGGUUGUGGACGCGCUUCUUCCUCUGGGAUUGAAGGUGCUUGUGACCACGAUUGAUCGGUCGGUUCUUGGCGUGUCGUCGGGAUGCGUGGAGGUGGGAGACAUGACGGAGGGAGAGGCGCUGGAGCUGCUGCGGAAGACGAGUAGGACUGUGGGUCGUUGCGCUCUGUGGACGUCUACCGUUGGUGCUCGCGAUCGCGGGUUCCAUGCCCGUCGUGAAAGGAAGGGCUUGACCGCCGGCGCAUGGGGAAAGCUGAUCGAAUUAGAGGAUGUUGCUACGAAGAUGGAGGCUUCCGACGAGGACUCGGAUAGUCUUAAUGUCGUCCUCGAGACCAGCUUCAAUGCCUUGACGUUAACGAAGAAGAGGGAGUUUAAGAAGUCGGCUGUGUUGGCGCCGGGUGCCGUUGUGUCGACCGAGAUGCUGCUAAACCUGUGGGAGACAAAGGACACGGGGGGUACGCGAGAGGAAGCUGAGGGUCUGGUAAGCAAGUGCCUACCUGCACGAUGUGGGUGGUGGUGGGUACCGUGUUCAUGACCUCGUCCUGGACUUUGUGAAA